AUGGUCUCAGAAGAUGCUCCAGUGACUGAGAAGGGAAAGAACGUCGACCAUAAAAAGGCCAAGAAGGUCGAUAAGAACGGCAAGCCCAUUCGCCGUAAACACGAUGACUGCUAUCGGGCCAACUACGAUGACGACGACCCCGUACGUCUGUGCUACGAAGGCGUACGGGGUGAUCCCGAAUGCCAAGGCUAUCGCUUCUGCUCCCGGGGCCGCCACUGCCGCCCACCCGGAGAAUUUGUCCGAGCCGGCAACGGCCGGUUUAUGGUGUGCGGUCGGCACAAUGAGCAAUCAUAUGAUACCAAGGGAAAGAAGACGGGCAAGAACUCGAAGACCCGCACGACCACACCUGUCGCCCGUGGCCCCAAGUACAAAGGCUCCGGCACCGCGACUGGCCGGGUCACCAAGUCAGUGACCCCGAAAAAGCCCGCCGCUGCCGCCGCUGCCGCCGCCCGCAUCCACACCCCCGUCUCCAACAAGCAGGAGAAGAAGAGCAAGAAGCCCAAGAAGGAGAAGAACACGCUCUUUGUCGGCUGGGGCGAGGAUAUGGACGACGACGACGAGGAAGAUGAAGACGACGAGGGGGACGAGGACGACCUGUACGAGGAGCCCGCCGCCCGCCGCCGCCGAACCCCGGAGCCCGACAACGAUGGUUCCGGUGGCAUGGGUGGUGGAAUGGGCCGGGCGCUUAUUACUGUUUGA